ACGUGAGGCUUUUCUGUGAAUAUGCUGAAUGCUGCACAUUUUGUUGUCUCAUUGUAAUCCCCAUAGACUCAGCGCCAGGGUAUAAGAGCUGGGGGCACAACCGGACACAAACACUCUCAGAGUAAACCCUGGGUACGGACACACGCACUCAACACACAGGCAUCAUGUCUUCCAGUGGAGAUAAAAAGACCGCCUCCCAGACUGACGGCAGGGCAGCCCAGACCAAGAAGUCCGAGAUGGGCAUGAUGUCCUACAAGAUGUAUGUGUUUGACCAAGAAAAUUUCCAGGGGCGUAUGAUUGAGAUUAACGCUGAGUGCAUGAAUGUUUGCGAUAUGGGCAUGGACAGAGUUCGCUCUCUACGUGUGGAGUGCGGUCCUUUUGUGGGCUUCGAGCAGAUGAACUUCUGCGGAGAGAUGUACAUCCUGGAGAAGGGCGAGUAUCCUCGCUGGGAUUCUUGGAGCAACUGCCAGAAGAACGACUACCUGCUUUCCUUCAGACCCAUCAGAAUGGUGCGUAACACGCAGUGCUCUCCUACAUUCAAUCUUUGUGUUCAUCUAACAAAACACAUGGCUUUUCUCUCAAAGGACCCUGAGAAGCACAAGAUCUGCCUGUAUGAGGUGGGUGAAUACAAGGGCCGCAAGAUGGAGAUCAUGGACGAUGACGUUCCCAGCCUGUUUUCUUACGGGUUUACGGAUAGGGUCGGCAGCAUCAUGGUCAGCUGUGGAACCUGGGUUGGUUAUCAGUACCCCGGAUAUCGUGGCAGCCAGUACCUGCUGGAGAAGGGCGAAUACAGACACUUUAAUGAGUACGGUGCCCGUUGGCCUCAGUUCCAGUCUGUGAGGCGUAUCCGCGACAUGCAGUGGCACCCCCACGGCUGCUACACCAUGGCCAGCAAGUGAGGGCCGGACCAGGAGAGGAAGAGGAGGGGUGGACGAGAGGGAGAGGGCCGCAAGAGAAAGGAGAGGAGAAAAGAUAUCUGAGGGGCUGCAUCUUCCCCAUGUUGCCGUGUUAUGAGGGGUGGAUGUUAAAUGGAUGACAGACUCCCUGGCUCACCUUGCUGGUCACAAGGCCGAACAUGCCCAGCAGGUCUCUAUGUUUCUCUGUUGGUUGCAGAGAUAACCAUACAUCCCUCUUACUCGCUAGUUCCUCUCUUUCUCUCCUGCGUCAUAGCUUUUUUCACCUUUCAUUAUUUAUUGUUAUCCGUUCAUUCACCUUUCCACAAACCCCCUUUCUUCAGGAGAAUGGAAAGAGGGAGAGAGAGACGAAGGGAUGAGGAGAGGAAAGCUCCCGUGCCCUAUGUAUCUCCCUUUGCCUGCUGUACAAAAUCCUGCUGCUCAUCUUUUCAAUAAAUCUUUGUGAAUCUA